UUUAGUUAUUUGAUUAUGCAUAAAUCAUUUGUUCAUGGAGAGUCUAUCGGCAUGGUCAGUUUAAUAAUAUAAUAAUGUAUCUUGUAUUCUUAUUCUUGAUCACUGUCAGCUUAAGAGAAGUCGUGGGAUCAUGUAAAAGAGCAUCGCUUGGUAAUUGCUGCACGGGAUAUAUAUACAAUUUUGAGACGAGUAAAUGCGAAGAAUGCUCCAUCGGACUUACGGGACCAAAUUGUUCUUUACAAUGCCGCUACCCUAGUUAUGGACGUCUUUGUCAACAACAAUGUGAUUGCACUGAAAUAUACUGUAAUAAAAUCGUCGGCUGUGUGAGCAUUGAAAAAGGAGAUCCCUCCAAACCGGUACUCAUUGUCUUUGUGGUCAUCCUUUCCCUUAUCCUUUUGGCUAUUUCUGUCCGAAAAUUAUGGACUGAAGGAUUCUUUGCAAAAUGGAAAAGGGUUGUACAUAUGGACACAAAUCAAGAAGUUAGUAGAAAAAGCGAAACACAUUUUUAUGUUGACGUACUGGACAAUAAAAACGAAGAAAGCGCAAAUACAAUUGGAAAUGGAUCAGAGGAAGGGAAUUAUGCUGAGCCCACUGCAAUCAACUAUGCAAGCACGUCAAAGGAGUACAUGUACCAGAGG